UGUCGUUCUUAUAAUAUCGCAAGAUAUUUAAUUCAAAAGUUGGAUACAAAAAAAAGGUCUUUUAAAAUGUCAUCAAUUCAUCCAGACAUCUACAAACUCCAGUCAAAAAUCGCCAAUCUAACCAUGUUUGACUUACUGCCAUUUAAUCAGCAAGCUCAAGCAGAAACACGAGAAUUUUUGCAGAAAAUAGUUGACAUCCUCCUAGACUACAUUGAACUGUGCAACGAUAGACAUGAGCAUGUAUUAGAAUAUCAUUCACCACAAAAAUUAAAAGAAUUAUUCAACAUGGCAAUUCCACAUGAUGGAGUGACAUUACAGCAUUUAAUAACUGACUGUGCCUCCGUCCUCAAAUAUGGUGUCAAAACUGGAAGUCCACAUUUCAUGAAUCAGCUCUCAUGUGGUCUUGAUAUCAUUGCAAUGGCUGGCGAGUGGCUGACUGCAACGGCUAAUUGUAAUAUGUUUACGUACGAAGUAUCACCGAUUUUUAUCAUUAUGGAGCAUCAGGUAUUAAAGCGAAUGCGACAAAUUAUUGGAUUUCAUCAUGGUGAUUCUAUUAUGGCUCCUGGUGGUACAAUAAGCAACCUUUAUGCUGUUAUUGUUGCACGUUAUAAAGCAUAUCCAGAAUAUAAAGUUAAAGGACCAUCGGCAUUGCCUGGGGAACUUGUCAUCUUCACAAAUGAUCAAGGUCAUUACUCAAUGAAAAUGGCUGCAAUGGUGUGCGGAUUUGGGACAAGUAAUUGUGUUUAUAUUCCUAGUGAUAAGGUUGGCCGAAUUAUUCCAGCAGAAUUGGAGAGAUUAAUACUUGAACAAAAAGCUAAAGGUAAAUAUCCGAUUAUGGUGAAUGCAACUGCAGGAACGACUGUUUUGGGUGCAUUUGAUCCAAUAAAUGAGAUUGCUGAUAUUUGUGCAAAAUAUGGAAUAUGGCUGCAUGUUGAUGCUGCAUGGGGUGGAGGUCUACUGCUUUCAAAAACACAUCGCCACAAAUUGCAUGGAGUCGAACGAGCAAACUCAGUCACAUGGAAUCCUCACAAAUUGAUGGGAACAACUCUACAAUGCUCAACAUUUCAUGUCCGUCAAAAUGGUCUCCUUGAAGAAUGUAACAGAAUGACAGCUGAAUAUCUUUUCAUGACUGAUAAAUUUUAUGACACUCGAUACGACACUGGUGAUCAUGUCAUUCAAUGUGGUCGUCAUAAUGAUAUUUUUAAGUUAUGGCUACAAUGGCGUGCACGUGGUGAAUCGGGUUUUGAAGCACGUGUUGAUCGGCUAAUGGAACUUGCUCAAUAUCAAGUAAAGAAAAUAAAAGAGAUGCCAGACAAGUUUUAUUUGCUGAUGGAGCCAGAAUUUGUGAAUGUUUGUUUCUGGUAUAUUCCGGAACGUUUUCGUCAUAUGCCACAUAGUCUUGAAAAGGAAGAGGAACUGGCAAGAUUAUGUCCAAUUAUAAAAGAACGUAUGAUGAAAGCUGGAACACUUAUGGUUGGGUAUCAACGUGACGGUAAAGUUCCUAACUUCUUUAGAUCAAUUAUAUCGCAAGAUGCUAUAACUGAGAAGGAUAUUGACUUUAUGCUGAACGAGUUUGAUCGUCUUGGACGUGAUUUGUAAAGCCAACUGAUUUCAUAAUUUUUAGCAAAGUUCAAAAAAUGCUAAAUUAAAUUGAAAACUGAAUCCUAUAAAGUUUAAUCUCUGUCUUUAAAUGUUGAACGGACAUUGCAAAAUCUUUUAAUUUAAUAUUCAUUAUUGUGUAAUAUCCAACAUAAAAACUGCAUAUUAUUAUAUCGGAACAACAAACCCGAUUGCUUCAUAGAUGACUUAACCAAUGAUAACACUUUAUUGUGUCAAUUUCACUUUGUUAAAAGAUUCAAAAAUUUUGUUUGUCAUGAGAACUAAUUUAUUUUUUCAAUAAUCACCAAAAUGACCCAGAAAAUUUAACAACUUAAAAACUAUUUUCAUAAACUAAAUUGAUCAUCACUUAAACUUAUUCACUUUUUCCUUCCUUAAUUGCCUUUUUCUUCAUGUACGAUUGAUAGUAAAAAUUGCCAAAAAACACAAGAAGAACAGCAACAUUGAAAAUUGCAAUAGAAAAGAUUCCAUUAGAUAUUCCACAAGCCCUUACAGCUAUACAUUGUCCAAAGAUUAAUACCAACUGAACGAUUUGAAUUGUCGUCAUUAUUGGCUUCAAUUUGCUUAGACUCGGUUGCAGUUGCCUGAAGGAACUUAGGAAAUAAUAAAUGUACAUCAAGAUGUGGACAUCAUUGUUGAGUAUUAUGAUGAACAUGUCCAUAACCUCUGAAAAUGUAAAUAAAAGAAUCAAUAAAAUGUAUCAAUAAGUUGUUGUUUUCAACAAUUUGAG